AUGGGCUCCGUCAUCUUGAAUCAUCUCCCGUCGAACCAGGUCGACCGUCCGUAUACGAUGGUAGGAGGCGCCCUCAACGCGGACUCGGCCUACUCGCGCACCACUCAGCCAGGCUCAUCUGCCCAGUCCACCCCGUCCGCCGUGGAUGCUCACGCCCGAUCGAGAUCCUCGUCCGUGAUUUCAACCCCCACCUCCACCGCCCCGCCGACCACGGGCUCGGGCUCGGGCUCUGCUCGGCUUCCCGCGUCUGCAAGCGAUCUCCCCGCCUACAUCCACGCCCAGACGCCCUCAACUUCCUCUCGCACGCCCGUCGACACGCCCGCCCAUCGCCCCCCGCCACCAUCGAUGACCUCGCAUGCCCACUAUGGCCUUCCGCCCGAUCAUCCCUCCCAGUCCAACCUACACUCCUCGACAACCCGGGGUCACCAUGGCCACGCCGCCUCCUCCGAUGCCCUAACGUCCGCCUCACAGCCUCUCUCACAUCCGUCGCCCGAUUCGCCGCGCUUGCGACCGACUCUUCGUUCCAUGCAGUCCUUGGGAGGGUCCGAAGCUACUUCGCCGAGCCGCAUCCGCGUCCGCGUCCGCAGCCUCUCUCAUAUCCAGAGUCUGGCCAGUGAAGAGUUUCUGCAUCAGUCCCAUCGGUCGCACCUGUCCAGUCAUGGCUCCCAUCCGCGGCAAUUUGAGAUCAGCUCCAUGCCCGUGACGGAUAUCAUCGAGAUGGUCGCCGGUCUCCUCACCAAGAUCACCACCACAAAUGACAUGCAUCACGAACACGUUCAUCGCCACAUCCCCCCGCCGGACGGCACCAGUCAUCUGAGCCCGCAAGCGACCAGUGUGCUUGCAUUCCACGGCAAGAAUGUCCCGAGCAUUACCAUCUUGAGCUACCUGACUCGCAUUCACAAAUACUGCCCCACGACGUACGAGGUCUUUCUCAGCCUGUUGGUCUACUUUGACCGUAUGACGGAAUUGGUGAACCGACGCCAACGGGGUCAUGAUCACCCUCAACAAGAACAACAACACUACGAACACACCCCGGAACAUCUCUCGCGAACCGCAUCGGUGGAUUCGUUCGGAGCGCCGGCCCACCAUCAUUCAGACGAUCCCUCUAUAGUGACCCCGCCCUCAUCCACCCGUAUGACCGGGCACGAUCCGAACCCCGACUCGACCAUCUCUCCAGCCCUGCAUCCGCAGAGCGAGGACGACUCGCUUUCCCACUUCUUCGUGGUCGAUAGCUUUAACAUUCAUCGCCUGGUCAUUGCCGGUGUGACCUGUGCCAGUAAAUUUUUCUCAGACGUAUUUUACACCAACUCUCGAUAUGCAAAGGUGGGAGGUCUUCCUCUGGUGGAACUCAAUCACCUCGAGCUUCAGUUCCUCAUGCUGAAUGAUUUCCGACUGGCAAUCCCGGUCGAGGAGUUGGAGUCCUACGGGACCAUGUUGGUGGAGUUCUAUGCCCGCGAGAUCAUCGCCCAGCAGCAAGCCCACCACCAGCCAUCGGUCCCUCGCCCAAUCAACUCUCGCUCGGAUUCUGCCUCCGAGGCGAUGUAUAUGCGAUCUCGUGACAAGCGCCGAGAUCAAGACAACGUCGGUCAAACCCCGACUCCUCCAUAA